AUGUUUUAUCUAAGUGACAUCGAGGAAGAAGCUUCGGCAGGGGCUGAACCAACCUAUAAUUUCUGGGAAGUUUUGUUAUUCUCUAACACUCAGGAAAAUCUCGUCACCGUCGUCGGAGAAUUACAUACACUCACCGAGCGUGUGGUUCGUUACAAGAUUGAGCCUGAAUCAAGGGAAGUUACCGCCACAACGCUGCCAUCCUUGCUAGCACUUUUGCUAGAAAAAAGGAACCAGGCAAGACGUUUAUACAGGGAUGUACUUUCAAUGAAAAUGUCAGAACUGGACUGGGACAUCAACGAUUUGUUCACGCAGUUACAAGAAGAGCUAACAAGGACAGACGAUACUCUUUCUAUGUAUCCUAGGAGAAGGUACUUUCACUAG